AAACUGAAGCAGAAGUUAAAUACUUGCACAACAGUCUUUAAUAUUAGUUGGAACUUCUUCAGUAUACUCUUGUCUUGAGUGAAACAUCUGGCCAAGGACAAGAGAGAGCAACUAUAUGACACAACUACAGAGCUUAAUCUGAUCUGUUUGGCAGGCUGACAGAAAACCACACGUAAGGUGAGAGACAGCAGCUGGGAGUUUGCAAAAAGGUUUGUAACUUACUGCAAUGGCACAGAAAAAUCUGUUUUGAUAUUGCGAAAGAAAGCAAAUCAGUACAUCUAGGCACAUGAGCAAACAUGCAUGACUUCAGUUCUGCCUGGUGUGUCGUUCUCUGGGGGUAGAAAUGUUAUCGACUGCCAUCAUUUAGCAGCAGGGAUCAAGAGAUUUGAAGGGGAAACUGAACGGAUGCAAAUGUAAACAAAGUUUCAAGUAAAAAUGCUUUAAUGCAGUAAAGACAUCAGAUAAGGGUAUUCAGUCACUGGUGAUAUGAAGCAAUCGACACUGAAAUAAGCUUCAGAGGAAUCUGGCCUGAGUUGUUCUGCUAUCCAUCCAAACUGACCAAGCUAAAGCAAAUAUAGCCUAAAAUUGGAGACACCAUAGUUGUUUUCAACUUUACUGACAGUGUAAGACAUCAGUAAACAUUUGAGAAUCACAAAUUCAAAAGUGUAAAACUAAAAAUAACAAAGGAAAUGUGAGGGUGUUUCCAGAGUGUGCAGAAAUUCAACAAAAUACCUAAAACACAAAACAAAAUGAAGAUCUGAUGAUUUCAGGCAUCUCAAUUUUUAAAUUUCACACCAAUGUGCAUGGAAUAGUGUUCUGGGGUGCUACAGAGUAAGAUUACAGUACAGAUUUUGUACAUCUGUAUUUGUUGGGUGUAGGGGCUGUGGCUGCCUGGCCACCCGAGCAAAAACAGGAUGUGGUCGGCCUGUUUCACAUUCAGACAUCUUGCUUAGCUUUUGAACUUGGUAGGUGCACACUACAGUUGAAAGAUGUGAUCUUUCAACUAACUUACUAAACUUUUGCAAUGUUUUUUUUUUCUUUUGGCUUAAAUCAAAGUGUUUAAGUUAUAGUUCAGUUCUUGGACUCAUGUAACCCUUUCAGACUCCUUUUAAUACAAUGUAAUGUCAAGAAUACAUGUCUUCCAUUUAGACUUUUUUGAUGUUAAUGUGGAGUUGUGAUGUCAUCGACAACAUGUAGACAGAUAUGACUGUACAAGGUUGGCAUGUUUUAGAGGAAAUGAACUUACUGUACAUUUCUAUAAAGUGUAUGUACUGUGUUCUGGAUGUAUACUUUGUACAACCUGCAUCUGUGCUGCAGUCAACCUUGAAGAGAAAAAUUCAAAUAUGUAAAAAGAAAAAAUGUCUUCCUCUUUCCAUGAAUACUAUAUGUGCACACUUUCUUAUCUCUCCUUUCCGUCACCCUGCUGCUCGAUUGUGUCUUUUCUUUAAUUGUGUUCUUGCCCUCUUUCAAACUCCACCUAGCUCAAAGGGGUUCAGCUAUAUUCACUUUAACACUUUCAUGCAUCAGCGCCUCUCUCGUUUCUCUCGCUCCUACACAGACACAGACACAUACACACACACACACACACACACACACACACACACACACACACACACUGUCACACUUUUCAAAUGUAGCUUAAAUGACACAGCCUCUUACCGCUCUGGGUGUUCUCUCUCAAACUUCAUCUCCCGCUCACAACUCGGAUCCUGAAUGUAAAGUUGCCGAUGGAUCUCCUUCUCGUGACAACUUCUCAACUGCUUUGAAAGUAUCAGCAGCCUGACUGCAAAAUUCCACCCGUAACUGUGACACCAAGUCAUUGGGAUAUUUCUACUCAACAGGAAUUUUCUAAGGAGGUGCAGUAUGGCUGACAUCGAAUAUAAAAGUUCCAAUGCGACUGUGCUGUUCCUUUUUUUUUUACUACUAUGCCUAAUUGUAUUGCUGAUCUUCUUGUACAAGAAGUUGAACAAGGAGAGCGAAGGAAAAUAUACCAUCCGGCGCAUGGUGUAUAAGGAAGGGGGGCUCAGGGACCAGGUGAGAGGUGCGGCGACGUUCCUGGGGGAACGCCUCGGAGUCCAGCUGUGGCCUAACAGUGAAUCAGAAGAGGAUGGAGAGGAAAUGCAGGAAAUCCAAGAUGAGGAGGGACAGAUGGGGGGGCACAGUAGCCAGGGGUUUGACAGCGAAGAGGGCGAAGAGGACGAAGAGGACUUCGGUGAGAGGAACGGAAAACGAGGUGACACCUCAGAUGAGAACUCAAGUUUUGGGGAUCCGGAGGAGAGAGUCGGUCUAAUGGAUGAGCUAGAAGUCAAAGGAGAGACGGAGGAAAAGGAAGGAGAUGGGGAUGGUAAAGGAGAAGCAAGUGGAGGAGCUGGGUUGCAGAUAACCCUAAGUCAGUUCUCUGGAAGUGCCAACUGGUCUGGAGCAGAGGGAGGCGUCAGUGAUGUGACUGCACUGUGAGAACAGGAUCAGAAAACAUGAAAUACAAGGGAGGCUUAGGAAAUGCUCUUAAUCAGGAUUUAAGAAAUACUGAGGUCAUUCAAAAGCUCCAGUCCUCCCAGUUCACAGUUGAAUUCUGUUUUAGUUUCCCUACAUGAAGGUCUAAAUGUUGUCUUAAAGCCCUCAGUCAGGAAUAAAAUUCUGGUGGAGAAAUAUUGAAAGCUUAAUUUGUCUAUUUCUUGCAAGUCAGUUUUAAAAAUCCCCUUCAGACAUGUUUUACAAUAUGGAAAAAUACUCAGCUUUGAAUAGUAAUUUCUGUCUUGCCAGUUUCCACAUCACAUUUGUGUAAGUUGCAUAUUGGACCACGAUCGGCUCCAAACUAAUCGUGAUGUCGCACAUCGUACUCAUAGCUAUGUGCCUUAAACUCAGAUUUAAGGUGAGCAAUGAGAAACUUUCCACUUUCAGCAGAUGAAUGUGAAAACAGCU